ACGGAGUAUUAGUUAGUACAAAAAUAAAGAACCCUAGACUCUUCUUCCUGUCAUCCCUUUAUAUAUAACCACUGUCUGCCCCGGUAAAACCCUAAAGGCUAAAACCCUUCACUCAAUCUACUACUGUGCUCUAUUCUUGCUCCUGAAGGUUUCAAAUGGCAAAAAACCCAAAGGUUUUCUUUGACAUAGCAGUGAAAAAAUGUAAGGCAGGAAGAAUAGUAAUGGAACUAUUUUCAGACGUGACACCCAAAACCUCAGAAAACUUUCGCGCUCUGUGCACAGGAGAGAAAGGAAUCGGAAAAUCAGGGAAACCCUUACAUUACAAGGGCUCUCAAUUCCAUCGCAUUAUUCCGGGCUUCAUGUGCCAAGGUGGGGAUUUCACAAAAGGCAAUGGAACAGGUGGAGAGUCGAUAUAUGGAGCGAAGUUUGAUGAUGAGAACUUUAAGCUGAAGCACACUGAGCCCGGUCUUCUCUCAAUGGCGAAUGCUGGGCCAAACACGAACGGGUCCCAAUUCUUUAUCACCACGGAUAGGACAACUUGGCUUGAUGGGAAGCAUGUUGUGUUUGGGAAGGUGGUUGAUGGGUAUAGCACUGUUGUUAAAGCGAUGGAGCACGUCGGUUCGCCUCAAGGGAAGCCUUCUGCAGAGGUUGUGAUCGAAGAUUGUGGAGAGAUUACUGAGAACUAGCAGCCGCCGGUUAGUUAUCAAUACAGUUGUGAAGAAAUUGGAUGAGUCCAGUUCCUCUCCAUUUCCUACCCUCCAUUUCCAGUUCAUUUCUUUUUUCUUACCUUUUUCUUUUGUGUAUCUUAGUCACCCAUAUACCCCACCCUAAUUGCUCUCUCUUUAUUCUUUCCCAAUGGACAUGCACUGUUUAUUUCCAUCCAUCAACGGAUCAAGUGUAGAUGUUCUAUAUGUGGUUUAGCUCAUGUUAAGGAUGGCAGUUAUACUACGUAUUACAUGCAUUCUAUUUCGGCAGCAUCACUGUAUGAAUUGAGUUUUGGGCAAUGAAAGACCCAGACAGAGAGCUUUUGAUUAUCAAUGAGUUGUAUGGGUGCUAUUUAGUUUGCCAAUUAAAUUGAUGAUUGUGUGAUUCUCCUUGUA